CUGAGAAUGAGUCCCUUUGCCACCAGUCUGCUGAUGCUCCUCCUGCUUGGCGUCUCUCAGUCUCAGCAGGACACAGAAGAUGAUAAUGAAGUCCCGGAGGAAGACCAGGACACUGUUGACAUGACCACCGCAAUUCUGACCACCAAUAACGGUACAGAUGAGAUCCUACUGGAAGGGGACCUGCUGGUUCCUAAAACCAGAAAUGCCUUGAAGUGCUGGUCCCAGAGCUGCCUCUGGAAAAAAGCCUCCAACGGCUUAGUGAAGGUCCCCUACUCCAUCAGCGCUCAGUUCAGCAGCUGGGAGAGACAGAAAAUUGAGAGAGCCAUGAAGUCGUUCCACAGCAGCACCUGCAUCCGCUUCGUCCCCCGCCGCUAUGACCACGACUACAUCAGCUUUGAAAGUAAAAGCGGUUGCUUCUCAGCUUUGGGCAGACAGGGAGGUCGGCAGGUGGUGUCAAUCAAGCGCAAUAGCUGUGUCUACCACGCCAUCAUCCAGCACGAGAUCAACCACGCUCUGGGCUUCCAGCACGAGCAGACCAGAAGUGACCGUGACCGCUACGUCAGAAUCAACUGGGAGAAUAUUGACCCAAAGAUGGCCUACAACUUCUACAAGCAGGACACCAACAACCUGAACACACCGUAUGACUACUCUUCUGUCAUGCACUAUGAAAAAACCGCCUUCUCCACUAACGGCAGAGACACCAUCACCCCUAUCCCCAACUCAAACGUCCAUAUUGGCCAGAGGCAGGGCAUGUCCAGGUGGGACAUCAUGAGGAUCAACCUGCUCUACGGAUGCUAA